GUUAACUGGUUGAUGCAAAUUAAGGGCCACUCUGGAGCAUUAUAUACACUUUUUCCAGAAGUAAAUUAUUGCAGCUGUGCUGCUUUUAGACAUCAAGUACUGACAAAUCGAUCCGCUUUCACUUGCAAGCAUGUUUUGGCAGCUUGGCUAGCCAGCAUUGACAACGAAAAAUUGUUGCAUCAACAAUUAGUGCAGAAGCAGUUUGAUAAUUUAUUGUUAUAUCAGGUUUCAUAUAAACACAAUGAACUCGAAUACAAAUGACUACAUUUUGGUUGCAAAAAUGGGAUUGACAAAUUUAAGGAUUGCAAUAGAAUUAUUAAAAACUGUCAAUUUUAAAGAGAUAGCUAUUUGCUUUGGCAAUGAAAACGGAUUGAAAGUAACAGUCGAAGAUGCAAAGUGUAUACAGGCCAGUGCGUAUAUUCCACGUACAAUUUUCGAUGAAUUUAAGUUAAAAGAAGACGUGAUGUUCUCAUUGAGUUUAAGCAUAUUGGUGGAGUGUCUUAGUAUGUUCCGAUCUACCUCAGAAGAAAAUUCCAUCGCAGUACAAAUAUUUUACAAAGGCAUAGGGUAUCCUUUAAGUAUUAUCAUUGUAGAAGAUGGUGUUAUAACAGAUUGCUCAUUACAAACUUUAGAAGUAGAUACAAUAUUAGACUUUCAUCUUGAUACAGGAGACGUUGUAAAUAAAAUAGUAUUGCAAACAGAAUUAUUGAAGGAUGCCAUGACCGAGUUAGAUUCAACUAGCGAAUUAGUCGAGUUAUGUUUAUCGCCGGAAGAACCCUUCUUCAGAAUUAGCACGGAGGGUCUAGGUGGCAUUUGCCACAUCGGUUUUCCCCAUGAUAGUGAUUUAAUAGAUACUUUCCAAUGUACAUCAACGGUAACAUCUAAUUUUAAAUUAACACACAUUAAACAGGCGAUGAAAGCUUUAUUGUGCGCUGAUAAAGUUUCCCUAAGAACCAAUAACACUGGCUUAUUGUGCUUUCAAUAUAUGAUUAAAACCGAAAGUGGACACGUCUGUUAUGUGGAAUAUUAUAUUUCUCCAUUAAUCGAUAUGUUCGAUUAAAUAGAGUGAUGAGCAAUAAUAGUAUGGACACAUUGCAUCAAAUCAGAAAUAGGCCAGAUGUCCAUCUAUGUAUACAGCUUUCUUUAAUAAAUACUUAAAUGUUUUGUAUAUUU